CCCAAACAGUGACACAGCCCCCUUCCCACUACUGCUUGCUCGGUUGCUCGUAGCAACGGUUUACACAUCCCCAUCGCUCACUCACGAACACAAAACAAAGACACACCCUGCGCUCCCCGUCUCCACAUGUCAAACAGAGCACGGCCGACACAGUCCAGAUACCAAGAAACCAGGGCCGUCGCCGCGGCUAUGAUGCCACCCGCGGCCGUCGCCCUCGCGCUCCUUGUGGUCUCGACGCUGCAGCCCCGGGCGGCGGUGCAGGCGCAGGUGUCGGCCGCUCCGGCGGCGGCUCCGGCGCCCAGCUGGGGGGAACUGGACUGCACGGGCGCGCAGCUCAACCUGUCCUCCUGCCUGACGUACGUGGAGUCCGGGAGCGCGCUGACGCGGCCGGAGAAGGGCUGCUGCGGGGCGCUCUCCGGCGUCGUGGACGGCGAGGCCGCCUGCCUGUGCGGGCUCGUGGGCGGGUACGGGUCCUUCGGGGUCCGCGUUGACGCCGUGCGUGCGCUGGCGCUGCCCACCAUCUGCCGCGUCGAAGCGCCGCCGCCCAGGCUCUGCGCCAUGCUGGGCUUGCCCGGCGCGGAGCCGCCGGGCGGCGCCGUGCCCCCGGCGUCAGGGUACGGCACGCCGGCGACGACGCCAGCAACGUCAGCCGCGAACGGCGGCCCCGCGACGCACCGGAGCCGAAGGCGUCCUCUCCUCCUCGUGCUCCUCCCGUACUGCGCCGCGCUCUUCACGCUGCUGCCGUAACUCCCAAGCGCGCACGCCGACGGAGGCAGCCCCCGUACCCGUGCCACAUCGGUACAACUGUACAUGUACACGCGUUACAUCAAAUCGAUUCAAGUCCAGCAUAGCAUCGAUCCGUGUACACCAUCACCAUCAGAGACGGAGGACGAAAAAAAAUUAAGGUGUGGCAAACUGUCAACUAGACAAAAUUGAUGCCCUCUAAAAAAAAUUGAUGCAAAAACAUAAUAGCCAAUUCAAACUACACUGCACAGAAUCUUUUAAUGAUGUCUAGAGAAGACACAUGCAGUGGCGGGGAUAGGCCGUGGGGUCGCGAUGAAGUUAGGGAUGGAUGGACAGGCGGCAGCGGCGGCGUUUUCGGGCACAAAUCGCCGGCGGCGGAGGCGGGCAGUCAUCAGCGUAGCAGACUCAAAUCGGCGGGUCGGCCACGGCUACGACGCUGCUGCCGGCGGUGGGAUCAGGGAUGGGCCGACAGGCGACGGCGACGCAUUUCAUGGCAAAAAUCACCGGCGGGCGGGCUGGCAGAGGUGCAAUGAAGACGGUUCGGCGGUUGACACACUGCUGUUCCUUUUACAUCUCCUAGAGGUGUAGAUGCAAAUUUGCACCGUGAGGUGUUGUGGUUUGCAUCUUCCGAAGACGGAAAUGUAUUAUUAUUAUUUUUUGCAUCUACACUAUCUGUUGGAGAGGUAUUUUUAGCCUCAGAGAUGCAAAAGAUAGUUAUUUUGCAUACAUCUACGCAGUGGCGGAGCUCGGGCUGAUUUUGUGGAGGGGCAAGAAAUAUGACUUUAGGCUGGUUUUAACUGGGCAUAUGGGCUGAAUACUAGGGGAUAUAUGCUAGUUUUCUUAUGGGCUGGGGGGCAAUGGCCCAGGUUGCUCUCCACUAAGCUCCGCCACUGCAUCUACAUAGUGAGAUGGGCAUGUGCAGUGAAAGCGAGCUGGUUCGUGUAUGUCUACGUAGUGAGAUGGGCAUGUGCU